AGAGAUAUUGUGAACAUGAUCCGGACUGACACUGACAGUACAGUACUGAGGGAGUGCUGCACUGGCUUUGCAAUGAGGCAGGCACCGCAGGUGUAAAGAUGUCGUACACUCUGAUGUCUGAUGAAGAUUAUCAGGCACUGUUGGCUUACACACCGUCGUCUUUCAUUAUUCCGGGUGAGGAUGAGGUGCCAGUGUUCCCUCUGGUAACUUCCUGCAUCAUCUGUCUGCUGGGAGUCUUGGGAAACAUGCUGGUGAUGUGGAUUGCCCGAAGAGAAAUGAAGAAGACAGUUAGCAUGCUGUGGCUGUUAAACCUAUCGGUGGCUGACUUCAUUUUCACUGCCAUGUUGCCCUUUUCCAUUGCUCAACUAGCUCUCAAGACCCAUUGGCCAUUUGGAAACUUCAUGUGCAAGCUCGUCAGUUUCACAAAUCACCUGAACAUGUUUGCAAGUGUCUUUGUCCUGUCUGUGAUCAGCCUGGACAGGUGUAUCUCUGUCAUGUUGCCUGUUUGGUCUCAGAACCAUCGAACUGUUAAGUUUGCCAAAGGGGUCUCUCUGGUUGUGUGGAUAUUGGCAAUAGGAGCCAGUGUUCCCUUCUUCCUAGUCCGUGAAACUGAAGAAGACACACUCAUAGGAAAGACCUAUUGCUUCUACAGUCUGGACCUCAACUACCUGACAGCUUUAAUAGUGACCAGGUUCUUUCUGGCCUUCCUUAUCCCUUUCUUUACCAUUGCUACGUGCUACAGCAUCAUCGCAGUCAAAGUCAGACGCAGGUGGAAAAAGACCUCCGGCAAAUCAUGCAAACUUGUCACUAUGAUCAUACUGGCAUUCUUUGUUUGUUGGAUACCCUUUCAUGUGUUGACCAUUAUACAUGUUAUGUCGGAUGAGGAAUUUAGUGUCUGGCUGCCCAUAGUCACCAGUCUGGCCUAUGCAAACAGUUGCAUCAACCCCAUCCUGUACGUAUUCACCGGCCAUGGGUCAGCCUUUCACUUCAAGAAAAGAAUCCAGAUGGCACUGAGAGCAUUACAUGAGGAGUUAAGCUACAGUGGAUCCAAGUCUGAGACUAGGCCAAGCAGAGGCACUGUCUAACAGUGGUCCCGAUGAAGAUGAUCAGUUUUGUGUGACAUACUGUGCUGUCCCCUCUUUGAUGCACCAGUACACAUCUCACUUCUACUCAAUAUCCUCAACAUUAACCUUCAGCUGCAAGGUUUUGCAGGUGUUGAACAAAAACAAGAGAAGGUUCCUUUUGACCCCUUCAUUCACUUGUCAGUGCUCAGCCUCCCUCCGAUUAUUGUUACUCUGCUACGAGGAAUUCUGAGCUCUGUGUGUGUGCCAGUGAUUUCCAGAAAUUGAAGCUAAUGGGUUGAUGCACCAAUCAUCAUGCCUGGGACCUCCCAGUGGCUGCACAGUUACACAGCCAUACAGCUCCGCUCAGCUGCUUCUGCUUUGACCCACUUGGUCUUUACUCAAUUGCCUUUGUCAAUGUCAGAUGGUGCCCCAACUCCUGACAAACUGAUUUCACACUCCUUCCUGUGGAAACACAUUCCACAUCCUCACCACUGUCUGGGUGAAAAGGUUCCUCAUGAAUUCCCUAUUUGAGAUAUUGAUGAGGCUGAAAUGCUUGAGUUAUUAAUUGAAAGUACAAACUAACAGAUGUACUAGAUUGAGGAGCUGUUAGCCCAGUUAAACGUAACAUAACGACGUAGUCAUAUUUGAGAAUAUUUCAGGGGCUUCGGGGUGUUUUAUGCAACGGCUUUGUGUAUUUUGGUUGUUGUAUAAUCUGAAAGUGCUCCCUACUUUUCAAAUAUUCAAGACAAGAUAUAACUUAAUAAUUGAGACUUUACUGUUGUGGAAACAGAAGAAUAGAUCUGAAAUGGUAAUUUUCUGCUUGUGUUCCGUCUCCUGGUUAACAUGUUGGUGUGCUUUGAAAAGACUUGCUCAUGAUAUUGUUAUUUAUCAUAACUUGUGACCUGAGCAUUUAAAGCGCUUGUGCUCCAUCUUACCUUAGAACACUCGAAGCAUAACACUCUACCGAAAACAUGCUCUUUUGCUGUAAUCUAAAAAAUGGCUUAAUUUUUGCCUAGAUGUAUAUGUCACAUUUGUGCCUUAUAGUAGGUUGUAAUAAAUAUCUUAUAUUUUGCAA